AGAAGUCGAGACAAGGCAUUAUAGGGUCUGGUGUCCGCACGUUUGCGCAUUGGUUUGCGGAGCCGGCAGUUCUGGCAGUUUCGUCAACAUGAACAGAGCUGGAGUGUCGGCCUUAUUACAGCUCACAAGUCGGGCUUUAAGAACUCAUGUUUCCAGUGUAAGGUCGAUUAUGAAGUACCACGAACCAGAAUACCUUCAGUAUUUGAAACCGCCGCUACCAGUGCACGAAGGGCUUAUUAACGUCCAGCUGAAAGGUUACGACUUCACCGUGCUCGAGAACAAUGCCAGAAAAGUGGCUAAAAUAGCUACGAUGUUGGGCAUUCGGGUUUCAGAAUGCUGGGCUACCCCUUUGGAAUCAAUGGCGAUAUCUACGUAUACACCACAGAGCACUACAGUUGAAGACACGUUCAAGCUGAAUGUUUACGAGCGAAACAUUCAGGUGUCCGAACUGUCGGGAGUCAUGGCGCCGAUUUUCCUGGAAGCCGUCCAGCACAGUCUGGCCGAGGGCGUCCGGUUGAGUAUGCACCGUCACCUACCCGAGCACGAGGAGAUUCGCUAUGUGCCAGACCUAGAGCUGGAGGAGCUGCAGAGGCAGCUGGACGAGAUCGUCAACCCAUCCACGUCCAAGCACGUCAAGAAGCCGUUCUGAUGACUUUUGCAUAGUUAUCUUUGUAAAUAAAGUGUAGAUGCUGUGGGGA